UAGUCAUCUUUUUUAUUUAUUUAUUAUUUAUUUCUCUCUUUUUAGAUAAAAACAAUGAAGCUGUCGCAUUUUAUAUCCACCGCUGCACUGGCAGUUUUCUUUGGCACGGCAGGCACUCUAGCUGGCAGAGCAGAUGACACCGUAGCCACACGAUACUCGGACGAACUUGAGGCAGAAUCUGCGGCCGAGUCCAAGAGGCUCGUGCCAAAGUCCGAUCAUAUCACGGAGUUGGACAAGUACAAAUAUUUGGAGCUGCUCAAGUCCCACGACAAGGUAUUCAUCGAGUUUUACGCCAACUGGUGUGCAGCAUGCCACGGACUGGCGCCCGAAUUCAACGCAUUUGCCGAGUCGGCCAGAAAAAAGUAUCCCAACGUAGCCAUAGCCAGAGCAGACAUCAGUAAAAUCGAGUACCUUUCGUCAAGCUACUUGGUCAAUAUGCUCCCAGAGCUAGUGUUCAUUCGCAGGCCUGCUCCGGGUGUGACGCCGGAGGUCAGAUUUGUGACGGCGAACUUUACUGAUGGCGAACUGCUCGAUUACAUCGGUGGCGGCUGGGUCGAGGACACGCCCGUGGGUGGCUAUUCCAGCCUUUGGUGCACGCCGACGAACAUGUGCGGCCACAUUGGUGGCCUUUUGGGAGAGUUUGUCAUUGAAGUGGACAAAAAGUUCAACAGGUUUGACAUUCCUCCGUGGGCAUUUAUGGCAAUUAUCGUUUCGGUUGUCUACAUGGUCGGCCAGAUCCUUGUUGGCUACCUGGCCCGGGCAUUCCGCAAGAAGUACCACGAGUCGAUUAAUAGGACCAAUGGCGACAGCAUCAAGCCGGUUUACUUUAACGAAUAUCGCUCGGACCUUGGUACAGACAAGUCUGGCGCCGGAGUGCCGUCGACUCCAACAAAGGCGUCAGCCAAGUCAGCCAAGCAAGGUAGCGCGGCCAAGCGCCCAAAGGGCAAGCGCUCAAAGAAGGACUAGCAUAAGAGGUGAGGAUAUUUCUUUUGGUAUUACAGUGGCUGCUUCCAAAUAAAAAAUAGAACUAAAG